CGUGUACCUCGGUCUGCGACAGGUGGAUCACAUGUGACGAUGACCUGCGGGAGUGCGCGGCUCGGGCACGCGCCUCAGCUCUCCCUCUGCCUGUAUGGAGUGUGAGUGGUGACGCUCUGGUCACUGAGGAGGAGGAAAGUUGGUGCAACUUCCAAGGCCGGUUGAAGCAGUGAGAUCUGUCUGAGAGAAGAAGGAGGAGAGGAGAGAAGGAGGCAGCAGGAUGAAGUCCAAAAGGAAGGCCGUCAAACCAUCCAGCGGGACCUGGUCGGACCCGGAGCCAGAGCUAGAGCCGGACACGGAACCAGAACCCGGCUCCAGCGAGCAGGAGGGCUCGGAGGCAUCGGUGCGGAUCGGCGGCUCCUGGAGGGGGUCGCUGAGGAGCGGGGGCAGGAACCGCCAGGGGGGAGGCGGCGGAGGGAGGCGGAGGAGGCAGCACUCCUCCAGCACCAAAGAGCGCAGCCUCCGCCGCCUGGAGAGCAACGAGCGGGAGCGCCAGCGCAUGCACAAACUCAACAACGCCUUCCAAGCGCUGCAGGAGGCCAUCCCGCACGUCAAGACCGACAAGAAGCUGUCCAAGAUCGAGACCCUGACCCUGGCCAAGAAUUACAUCAAAGCCCUCACCACCGUCGUCGUUGACAUGUCAGGGGCAUGCCUGCCCACUGGUGGGGUCCCAUCAGAGGCCAGUGCCGCCAAGCUGCUCCAGUGCUACCAGCAGCACCUGGAGGACGACGGGGAGGACGAUCUCACCCAGUACCUCACCCACAUGCAUAGCUUCAGCCAGCGCAGCUAACAGUGACUGCGAGGUGGGUCAGAGGCAAUGGGGAGGGGUGGCAAGAGGGCAUCGGUCCUGCUGCUCUGAGAUCUGCUAAGAAAUGAUUCAGGAACAGGAGCUGUUCCACAUCAUAGACACGUGAAAGCAGACUCCUGACAGGAAGAGAUCCGUCUAGAAGUUGCCCCUGAUGCAAAGCAUGGAGACUCUUGAGGACCAUUCGCCUGGCAGACACAAAGUGGGACCAGCCGGACCAUACAGACUUCUUAUUGUACUCAGACAUGAAGGGCUAUCCUUUCGCCACUCUGACUUUUCUUUUUCUUCUACAUGGUUUGAGCUGAGGCAGGGAGCUGUUCUCUUUUUGUGUUAUCUUGUGAUCUUCUUGUGUUUUAUCGGUUGUGAAAGCGGCCGAGCGUGGCCUCAGGUCGUAACUGUCACAACCAGGCAGAAGAGAAAUGCAAGCAGCAGCCCCUAAAUAUUGAAAUACUGAAGCAAGAAAAAGUGAGAACUCGAUGUACUCGUCUUGCGGGUUGUACAGUGGCUGUGAGACAGAGGUGAUGUUUUCAGUGUACAUUAUUUGACUUUUUGUGCCUUGAGGCGGAACUUUGUGGUGAAAAAAAGCGCAGGAGAGGAGAAGACACUUGACGAGUUCAAUAAACACAUUUAUUUAUUGACAAGAA